AGGAGUGCGUGGAGGAGGACCAAAGGGAGCGGUGAGCGGCCGUGCGCCCACCAAUAGGUGCGGGGCUCGGAGCCGCCCAGCCCGCGCGUCCCGCCCCCCUCCUCCGCCCCCGCGCGUCGCCGCCCCCCGCCCCCCGCCGCUGCCUGGGCUCCCUCGGCCGCGCGUCUCGCGUCUCGGCACUUGGAGGAGCCGCAGCGGCAGCGGCGCGUCCCAGCCUCGGAGAGAGCCGGGCCCCGCACGCACGCCGACCGGCUGCCGCGAGCACGCGAGGCGCACGCCGCCGCAGUCCCCACCUUCAGUCCCGCGGCAGCUGCUGAGCCGCCACCAUGGCGCGCGGGAAAGCCAAGGAGGAAGGCAGCUGGAAGAAAUUCAUCUGGAACUCGGAGAAGAAGGAGUUCUUGGGCAGGACCGGUGGCAGCUGGUUUAAGAUCCUUCUCUUCUACGUCAUAUUUUAUGGCUGCCUGGCCGGCAUCUUCAUCGGAACCAUCCAGGUGAUGCUGCUCACCAUCAGUGAAUUUAAGCCCACCUACCAGGACCGGGUGGCCCCGCCAGGAUUAACACAGGUUCCUCAGAUCCAGAAGACUGAAAUCGCCUUUCGUCCUAAUGAUCCCAAGAGCUAUGAAGAAUAUGUGGUGAACAUAGUCAGGUUCCUGGAGAAGUACAAAGACUCCGCCCAGAAGGAUGACAUGAUUUUUGAAGAUUGUGGUGAUUUGCCCAGUGAACCUAAAGAACGAGGAGAAUUUAACAAUGAGCGUGGCGAACGGAAGGUCUGCAGGUUCAAGCUCGACUGGCUGGGAAAUUGCUCUGGAUUGAAUGAUGAAACUUACGGCUACAGAGAGGGCAAACCAUGCAUCAUUAUAAAACUCAACCGAGUCCUGGGCUUCAAACCUAAGCCUCCCAAGAAUGAGUCCUUGGAGUUUUCCCCAGUGAAGUAUAGUCCGAAUGUGCUGCCUGUUCAAUGCACUGGCAAGCGAGACGAAGAUAAGGAUAAAGUUGGAAGCAUGGAGUACUAUGGAAUGGCUGGCUAUGCUGGUUUCCCUCUGCAGUAUUACCCCUACUACGGCAAACUCCUGCAGCCCAAGUACUUGCAGCCGCUGCUGGCGGUACAGUUCACCAACCUCACCAUGGACACUGAAAUUCGCAUAGAGUGUAAGGCGUACGGUGAGAACAUUGGGUACAGUGAGAAAGACCGUUUUCAGGGACGUUUCGAUGUAAAAAUUGAAAUUAAGAGCUGAUCACAAGCACAAAUCUUCCCCACUAGCCAUUGAAUAAGUUAAAAAGAUACAAAAACCUACUAGUCUUGAAAAAAAAAAAAACUGUCAUACGUAUGGGACCUACACUUAAUCUAUAUGCUUUACACUAGCUUUCUGCAUUUAAUAGGUUAGAAUGUAAAUUUAAAGUGUAGCAAUAGCAACAAAAUAUUUAUUCUACUGUAAAUGACAAAAGAAAAAUAAAAAUUGAGCCUUGGGACGUGCCCAUUUUUACUGUAAAUUAUGAUUCCAUAACUGACUUGUAGUAAGCAGUGUUUCUGGCCCCUAAGUAUUGCUGCCUUGUGUAUUUUAUUUAGUGUACAGUACUAUAGGUGCACACUCUGGUCAUUUUUCAAGCCAUGUUUUAUCAUAUCUGUUUUCUACUUUAUGUGAGCAAGGUUUGCUGUCCAAGGUGUAAAUAUUCAAUGGGAAUAAAACUGGCAUGGUACUUUUUUUUUUUGGUUUGGCUCUUUCAAAGAUAAUGGCCCAUCCAAUGAGCAUUUUUAACACACUCCAUAGUCUUUAUCCUGUGGUGUUCGGUCUUUCGUAUUUUUCUUCUUUCUCUGGGGCUGGGGGGGUGGCCUGUCAUGGGGGAACUGCCCUUUACAUUUUAAGUGACACUACAGAAAAACACAGAAAGAUGAUGGGUUGUGUUGUGCUUCCUACUGAAUGCUGUCCCGACAUCUCUUCCCCUAUCCUCCAGUAUGUUCCAGUGCUGUGUCUGAGAUCUGGGGCUGCCCAUCACUGUGCUGGUGACAGGGCGAAUUCAUUUGCUUUUCAUCUUCUUUUACUUUCCCUUUUUCCUUUCUCUGGAGGCAUCACAUGCUGGUGCUGUGUCUUUAUGAAUGUUUUAACCAUUUUCAUGGUGGAAGAAUUUUAUAUUUAUGCAGUUGUACAAUUUUAUUUUUUUUCUGCAAGAAAAAAGUGUAAUGUAUGAAAUAAACCAAAGUCACUUGUUUGAAAAUAAAUCUUUAUUUUGAACUUUAUAAAAAGCAAUGCAGUACCCCAUAGACUGGUGUUAUAUGUUGUCUACAGUGCAAAACUCCAUGUUCUAACAUAUGUAAUAAUUGCCAGGAGUACAGUGCUCUUGUUGAUCUUGUAUUCAGUCAGGUUAAAACAAUGGACAAUAAAAGAAUGAACACAUAACA